AUGAGUUCUUCUUCCUCAAGUCCUAUUAAAAAGAAGAAAGGAGUAUCUCGUCCAUCUUUAGUUAUCCUCUCAACAGUGGAUCAGCCAACACCUUACCAAUUAAAGAAAUUUACUUUAAAAGAACAUACUCCGAACUUUUUUUCGCUUCAGACAGUCGGAAAUGACAUAAGAAACAGAGAUAUACAGUUAUUUAACGAUGAAGAACCAUUACCAGAGAAUUUUUCAAGUUUAAAUCCUGAAAAUUCAAAAUCAGAUAAAAACACGCCAAAUAGUCCUAAUAAAAAUGGUUCUAGUGGAUUAAUACAACUCGAAGAUGACGAUUCUUCGGACGGAAUCAAUUCACCAAUACAAUCUCCAAAAUCUUCACCGGCAAAAUCGAAGAUUCUUGUGUUUUCCAAGAAGUCCCCUCAAAAGGAUCAAAACUAUGAUUCAGAGGACGAGUACAGUGAUGAUUCCGAUGAAAAUAAUUCAAAUAAAAAUUCAUCUUCUCAAAUUAAGCCUCCUCCGCUUAUGCAGAACGUUCCUAAAUUCGAGAAAAGAAAUAAAAAUGGCGAAUCCGCAAAGAAAAAUACAAAACAAACAAGUUUCAAAGAUAUCAAUUCAUUUCUCGCAAAUUUGGACAGAAUUACACGUGAAUUUGCCAAUGAUUCACUACAGCAAGGCGAUAACAAGCUAGAAAACUACAUUUGGCUCUCUACAAUCUGGGCAUAUGGUUUUGGUGACGAAAACUACAAGAAACUAAAUGAAGUUCUUAACAUUAUUGCUACUAAUCCAGAUGAUCUUGAGAAAUACAGCUUCGGAAACCUUUGUCGCGCUUCAUAUGACCUUAAAAACAUGGGAAUUGAAUCAAAUGGCGAACCAAUCAUUCAAUCAAACUACGCCAUUAAAGGUGAUCAUUGUUCUGGUAAAUCAACGUAUAUUGCAGAUUCAUCAUUACAAUAUUUGAUUUAUUCAGCUGCAGCACAAGACUAUGAGCGUUUGUUUGUAGUCACAUUUGAUUUCUCAUCCAUGGACGAGAACACUGAUAUGUGGACUUUGUAUCAUUACAUUGUAGAAAGGUCGUUAAACGCAAUUGGCUGCCAAGUACCGGAAAUCAGCCUCAAUUUGUCAUCAUUACGUAAGGCAUUUUGUCAAAUAGCCGAUCGUGUACCUCCUAAGAUCAAUAUUAAGCCAAAUACGUCUGAAGAUAUCAAAGUUUGUCUUAAAAAGGCACAUGACUUCAUAACAGAACUGUACCAGUUAUCAGAAUCUAAUGAAACAGAGUUUAUGCAUAGAGUUGUCCGAAUUCCUUUAUUUUUGUCUGAAAUUUUUAAUUUUAACAGAGUUUUUGCUGUUGUUGAUGAUCUUAAUAACAUGAAUUUCGAUUUACACCUUGACAAUGAUUACGAAAACGCAAUAAACCUUUUUAUUGAGUUCCUCAAUGAAGUUGAAUACAUAUGUUGCUCAAAAUCUGGUGAAAUUUUCGAUUUUCUCACAAAUUUGAAGAAAAUCGUCAGAAUCGAUUCAAAUGUGAAAAGAAUCAAAAACUAUGAUUCUAAAGACAUUUUUAAUGUUUUACGAAGUCCAGGCGAUCUCGGUUCUACAGCACCAAGUGUUGCUACUUCUGCAUUCUCAGUUUUGGCCGAUCCAACUACAAUGAAAAACAGGUUUAUUAAUCAUCUCGAUACAAACAACGUUUCAUUUGCCGAGAACUUCUACGAUGUCUGCGAUGACCACAGCAAGCGUAAAUUAUCACGAGUUGCUAGACUACAAUCAGCACAUAAGCAAAACUGGCUGACAAACGUCUGGCGACUUUACGAUAAUAGCAAUAUUACUGACGAAAGUCUUAUCUCUCUGUUUAAGUACCAUGCUCAUGCCGAUUAUUCGAUAGAUCCUCUUGACGGCGGCUUAAUUCAAAGUGCGAAGGAUACCUUGCGUAAAUUCAUGAGAUCAGAAGGUGGAAUAUCAUUCUACGUAAAGACAGUUAUCACAGGACCUCCGAAAUCAGGUAAAUCUACAUUCAUUAAGACAGUUUUGAUGAGACAUUUCACAGAUCUCAUUACAACAGGAGUUUUUAAGUCAACAUUCAUAGUUACUUAUGAUAUAAAGAGGAUCCCUAACUCACCCACUGUAUCUGAUUUGUAUCAUUUCUUCGCCAAUUCUACAAUUUCUGCAUUACAAGUUCAAAGAGCAGAUAUUGGUCCAUACUUCCCUUCUAUUGUGAAAGCAUUUGAUAAUAUCGAAAGUGGAGCACGUCCUAAACUUCCUAAACCAUUGACUACCCAGAAUUAUAUGAGAAGGCCUCUCAAAGAUUUAGAAAGUUUGUUGUGCGAAUUAUAUGAUUCUCAUAAAAGUAACAAAGUGAAGUUCCUCCAAAUUUCAGUUGAACUUCCACAGCGAAUUUCUGAUAUUUUCCAGUUUUCUAAUACAUUAAUGAUAUGCGAUCACUUAGAUUUUUCUGAUUUCGAAAUCCAAUGCUAUGAAGAAGAUUCUAAAACAAAAGUUAACAUUUUAAGCCUUAUCAAAAGUCUUAUUUCGAGAACACAGUUUGUUGCAUCCAUGGAUUCUAAUUCCUGCCAUAAUAUGCUCUCUCCUUUGAAUGGAAACGACACAGAUUUAUCACAUUCUUGCGAAAUCGUCAAUAUUGCCGGAAUGUGCCAGGCAUCGACACCUUCAGACAUUUUAGUCCAUCUUUCAGACGGUAAAUCCUUCAAAAUCACUAAAGAACACACUGGCGGAUACCCAGCUUACGUUUGGAUGUUUGAAGACGCAAUUAAAGAGAUUUCUUCAGUUCAGGAACUAAACGGUGUCCAUCAGGAGAUCGGCCAGAAGAAACUGUCUGCAAUUAUUAAUAAUUUGAUUAAAUCUAUGUUCGAAAUGCAAGAAGAUCAGAAACUUGAUAUUCAAAACUGCUCACUGAUAAUGACCAACUAA